GGCGGCGGCGGCGGCGGCCCGGGUCUCCUCCACGUGGACUUCCCCGAAAUCACCAGCGCUCUCCUGGCCAACCUCAACCAGCAGCGGGUGGAGGGGAAGCUGUGCGACAUCUCCAUCCACGUCCAGGGCCGCGUCUUCCGCGCGCACCGCGCCGUGCUGGCCGCCUCCUCCCCCUACUUCCACGACCAGGUGCUGCUGAAGAACAUGACCUCCAUCGUCCUCCCCAACGUCAUGGACCCUUCGGCCUUCGAGACCGUGCUGGGCUCGGCCUACACGGGCCGGCUCUCCAUGGCGCCGGGGGAGAUCGUCAAUUUCCUGACGGUGGGGAGCGUCCUCCAGAUGUGGCACAUCGUGGAUAAGUGCACGGAGCUGCUGAAGGAAGGGCGCAUCGCCGUGGGGCCCUCGUCCUCUACGGGGCCCUCGUCGUCCACGGGGCCGGGGUCGUCGUCGUCCGUGGGGCCCACGUCGCUGGGAAUGGGGCCGCUGUCGUCCACGGGGCCGUCCCCGCUGGGGAUGGGGUCGGCGUCGGCCUCCGUGGGGCCGUCCUCGUUGGCCAUGGGGCCGUCGCCUCUGGGCGUGGGACCUCUGUCGUCAUCCCUGGGGCCGUCGUCGUCCUCGCUGCGCUCGCACUCCAGCCGCACCAGCGACAACCAGUCCCCCAGCAGCUCCAACUACUUCAGCCCCCGCGAGACCCCCGAGGAGCCCCCCACACCCAGGGGACCCCCGCCCCGCGACGCCCCCGGCUCCAAGAACGCCGCCGACGCCCUGGAGCCGGGGGAGGAGGAAGAAGAGGAGGAGGAGGAAGAAGCGGGCGCCGCGCGGCGGCCCCUCUACGUGCGGCCCAGCAUCGUGCCCCACAAGCAGUGGGUCUACGUCAAGCAGGAGUGGCUGCAGGAGGACCUGGUCCUCACCUGCGAGGAGGACGAGGACCCCGUCGUCCCCCAGCGCCCGCCCAAGACGGAAGAGGACGAGGACGAGCAGGUCGACUUCUGCGAGUCCUCCGAGGAUUUCCCCUCGCCCUACGGGGGGGGC